ACCCAAUGACUCAAUACAUCCAUUGACAUUUAUAUCAAAUUUUAAUUUUAAUUUGUAAUAAUCACAGAUUUUUAUAGAAAUCUGUGGUAAUAACACGAAAAAGUAAGUGUAUAGAAAAUUAUUUGAUAAUUAUUCGGUUUAGCGGCCUCACCUUUCGAUGAAAUUAUGUUCGUUUUUGCACGAAACGAAAGAAUCUGGUAGAAAAAGAGCGUCGCUCUGUUCCGCUAACUGAAAUAUUAAUCGUUAAAGUUGACAACUAUUCUGGUUAACUUUUAAUUAAGGAUAUGAUGGAGGAAAAGACGAGUCGUUCCAACGAGACUGACGUCAACGAUGCUAACGUGGAGUCAAAAGCAAUGCUAAAGAGAAAAUUGCAAAUGAAGUCGGAAGCGCUUGUGUUGUUGAGCCAGGAGAUGGAUCAGUGUAGGACAGAACGAGAUCAGUUUAAGCUGAUGGCAGAGCAAAUUCAGGAGAGGUUUCUACAUUUGAAGAAGCAGAUGUGCGAUAUGAAGGAAUUGAACAGAUGUUACAACUUGGACGACGAUUUUAGAACCUUGGAUUUAUUAGCAGAAGCACGAGAGCAGAAUAAGUGUCUCAGGCUGCAGGUCGAAAUGUUAAGACAGAAGCUGGCGGAUGCCGAGGGUGAUAUCAAGGUGUUACGUACAAAUAAUAAUCGUAUACCAAUUGAACAGCAGGAAACUCAAUUAGCACCAGCCAUGCAUCAAAGAGAAGAGAUGAUAGAACAGUUAGAAAAAUUAAAUUUAAAGUGUUCACAGUUGCAAACAGAUCUACAAACAGUAUUGGAUGAAAAACACGAGUUGGAGAUGGAAAGGGAUGCCUUCAAAUGUAAGGCUCAUCGUUUGAAUCAUGAACUGUCCAAAGCUUUAAAUGCUAGUAAACCAGUUGAUUUGGAUGCUCUUAUCAAUGAAAAUCGAUAUUUGCAAGAGAGACUGCAGCAAUUACUGGAGGAGAAGGAGCUCACGCGUCAAUCUUUGUCAAAAUAUAAGAGUAUGUUAGAUAGUAAAAGAGCCAAAGGUGCUAUCAAGUUGGGAGCAAAUUCUGCAGCUGGAACAGUGAUGACUCACAAACAAGUCGAACAGCUUCUUCAACAAAGUUCAUAUGUACCGCCUCAGAAAUCUGCUGCCGCCGUAACCGAUCUACGAUGCCUUUGCACUGCCUUGCUGGAGGCUUUAAACGACAAAACUUUAGCUCUGGCGCAUCAGAAGAAAGCGAACAAAAUACUGGCAUUGAGAAUUUGUGAAUUGGACAGUGCUGUACAGUCACCGACCACCAAGCUCUUGGAGGGAUAUACUAGCGCCAAUGUUGAUUUGAGAAGUGACAAUGACUUAAAUGAUUUAAAUCAUACAACUAACAAUAGCGUAGAUAAUAUCGAAGAAAACAAUGUCAUAACGAGUGAGAACAAUAUACAAUGUAGUUCUUCGCCUGAAAGUCAAGUUAUGCAACAAUUGCAAUCGAUACAAAUGAGCCUUCCAAAGAACUUAGGAGUAUUGGUUCAAAAGGCAUUAAAUAAUCUGAAGGAUAAUGAUAAACAGAAAAUGUGAAAUUAAAAAAAUACAAAGAAUGUGUGUAUGUGCA